AUACUGGUUUCUGUCACAAGGGACCGGGUUUGUCUAUCAGUUUCCAGGUGUGACAUUGCAACGCAUCCACACUGAACACACUGCUGGACCCCUUGCAGGCACCAACUCGGCUCGCAGGAACUGGUGUCAGUACACAGUGUCGAAGACUGUGUCAUGCCAAGUGCACAACGGGACGGAGACGCUAGUACAGCGAGUGUUUCAGAGUUGCCGGUGGCCAGGACCCUGUUCUAACCUCAUCAGUUACAGGACGCUGGUCCGGCCCAUGUACAGGCUGACAUUUCGCCAGGUGACAGCACUGGAGUGGAGGUGCUGCCCAGGCUUCCUGGGAGACGACUGCAAAGAGGAGUGUAUGAACUGCACUGGCUAUGCUGAUAUGAAUGAUAGACUGAGUAUGCUGGAAUCCAAGAUUGUGUUGCUGGAGGAGGCGGGACCAUCACCUCUCCUAUUCAGAUACUCCCCAGAUGGGUCAUCAGAUAACGAGGUGGGACUGGGAGCACCCAAACCCACCCCCAUCACUCCCCCCGCAAUCGGACUACCAGGAGCCAGAGGCCUCCCAGGGCCAGCUGGACUCCCAGGUGUGGCGGGACCCCCUGGACGCACUGGAGAGACAGGCCUAGCAGGGAAACCUGGACCCAUGGGACCCAGAGGGCCCCAGGGCCAGCGAGGAGCCCAAGGGGAGAGAGGUGUACCUGGGCCAGCUGGGCCUCUGGGGCCAGCCUCUUCCUUCUCUCACAGAGCAGAUGCGUUUGGUCUGAGGGAGCUGGGCCGGUAUGAAGAAGCUGCACUCCAUUCACAGAACAACCAAAGAGCUGUGACCGGUCCCCCAGGCCCCACCGGAUCCCCUGGUCCCCCAGGCCGUCCGGGACCCACAGGGCCUGCUGGAAACCCAGGUACCCCAGGGAGAAACGCUGGUGUUGGUCCCUCAGGCAAACCUGGGGAUCCUGGGCUUAAAGGAGACUCCGGUGAAAGGGGACCCCCAGGACUCAGGGGAGAACAUGGCCAGCCAGGUGUACCAGGGCCAAAGGGUGAGCCAGAAGAUACCCAGGCUGAGGGGGAGGGGCUGCAGCAGCUGAGAGAGGCUCUGAAGAUCCUGGCUGAGAGGGUUCUCAUUCUGGAGCACAUGAUCGGCAUUCAUGAAUCUGGUUCUGGCCUGGACAUCCUGUCAGACCUGGUGCCCAUGUUUAAAAACAAAAGGGCAGGACCCAAAACCCUGCUCCACUCUCUCACCACAGGAAACAGAAAGCUGAUUGGAGAGGAAAGAGUGAGGAGGAGGGGCAAUUAGAUGGUCCGGCCAAGGGGUGUAGUAGAGCAUGGUUUGUAUACGAACAGUGAUUGGGUAAGAGAUUGAGAUAGACGUACCAUGUGUUCUCUGGGUCAGAGUGGAUGACCAGUCAAUACUCAUGGAAUCACAGAAUUCUUACUCAGAUCCUUGAAUUUGGCCUGUUUAUAAUGUGUUUUUUUUACAUUGACUUUUAGUACUGUGUCAUUAUCGUAGUCAUGUUAUUUAAAUGUAAUUGUGUAACUUUGGUGCUGGUACUGGUCUCAACAUGUGCAUAUUCUCAAUGACAUACUCCUGUUGGGAACUGUAGGAUUACCAAGGGUAAAAGGAGAUACUAUAGCCAGUAGGAUACAUAUAUUAGUUUUAUCUGUAUUCAGUAAGAAUAUCUGUACUGUUUGAUUUUUACAAGACUUGAGAAGAUUUGUUUUCUGUUUUUGAAUGGUUUGAAUUUGAUUUGAACACAACAGGGAAAUAAAUUGGUUUUGUUUCGGUUUUAUAUUUAUAGUAAUGAUUUUGUAUCCGAUGCAGUAGGGGAUAUUGUACUGUAUCUGCCACUGUUGCAUAUCAUUGGAGCAGAUGGACAUGCAUGUUGAUAUCAGAUUACAUCGCCUCACAUGGUUUGAGGUAACAUUAAUUGCUGUAGCACUAGGUAGCGCUUUUGCUUUGCAGUCCUGUUUCAACAAGUAGGCUGGUGAAGCAGGUGAAACUGUUGAAUAGCCAACUGUAAAAUAAAGUUUGACCCGUUGAUCUUACUUUUAGCUUCACCUUUUCUUUCAGUCUGGAGUUAUUAACUCCAAUUUUUUACAUGACAUGUUUUUUAUGCACCUGUUGAAAACCACAUUUAUAAAUAGGUUGAAUAGAAUAGACGUCUGGUGGAUUGGAGAUGGAAUGUGGUUGUGUGUUGGAUGCUCUCAUAUGACCAUUUUUAUAUUGGGUGUGGAGUCCUUGCCAACUCAUUUGCAGAGUGUGUAACCAGAUUAUUAUUAUUGCAGCUCAACUGUUAUGUCUUUCCCUACAGCAUGUCUCUGACAAUUUCAUGACUCAUUACUUCAUAUUUGUGUGUUUGUUUUUCUUCAUCUUUGAGAAUGGUUCAGUUUUACAGUACAUUCCCUUUUUUUUUUUAAAGGUGUUUGUUUUCGUUUGACUUGGCCCAGUAUUUUGAAGAAUGUUCUUUUCAUAAAAUUCACUAUAAUUUUGA